AUGGAUUUAAGAGUGGGCAAAAAAUAUCGCAUUGGCCGUAAAAUAGGAUCGGGAUCCUUUGGUGAUAUUUAUCUUGGAACCAACAUCAUAUCUGGCGAAGAAGUUGCCAUCAAGUUGGAAAACACUAAAGCAAAACACCCACAAUUGGAAUAUGAAGCCAAGGUGUAUAAAGCAUUGAGUGGAGGUGUUGGUAUACCUUUUGUUAGAUGGUACGGUACUGAAUGUGAUUACAAUGCCAUGGUUAUCGACUUAUUGGGCCCUUCUUUGGAAGACUUGUUCAAUUAUUGUAAUCGGAAAUUCACUUACAAGACUGUUUUGCUUUUGGCUGAUCAAUUAAUCUGUCGUAUUGAAUAUAUACACGCCAGAUGUUUUAUUCAUCGUGAUAUUAAACCUGAUAAUUUCUUGAUGGGCAUUGGAAGAAGAGGCUCACAAGUUAAUGUUAUUGAUUUUGGAUUGGCUAAAAAGUAUCGUGAUCCAAGAACUCAUUUGCAUAUACCUUAUCGUGAAAAUAAGAACUUAACUGGUACUGCAAGAUAUGCCAGUGUCAAUACUCAUUUAGGUAUUGAACAAAGUAGAAGGGAUGAUUUGGAAAGUUUGGGGUAUGUCUUGAUUUAUUUUUGUCGUGGCUCAUUACCUUGGCAAGGUUUAAAAGCAGCUACAAAGAGACAAAAGUAUGAUCGUAUUAUGGAAAAGAAGAUGACGACGCCUAAUAAUAUCUUGUGUAAAGGAUUGCCUAGUGAGUUUUUGGAUUAUAUGAAUUACAUCAAGACUUUGAGAUUUGAUGAUAAACCCGACUACGCUUAUUUGAGGAAAUUGUUUAGAGAUUUGUUCAAGAAGGAAAACUAUAGGUAUGACUAUGUUUUUGAUUGGACAUUGUACAAGUUCCAAUUAGAAAAACAAAGAGCUCAAGGGAAAGUAACUGAUGGAGAUAAUCAAGAGAAUAAUGAUCAACAAGGGCAACAACAACAAUCGCAGCCAGCACCACCACAGCAGCAACAACAGAACCAACAACAACAACAACAACAACAAGAUGCACAUGACCAACAGGACUCUCAACAACAGCAGCAACAGAAAACUACACAACAUAUGGCUGACACUCGCUACCAAAACCAAAAGGCAAUGUACACACCAAAUCAAAGCUAUCAUGCUAAUUAUCAGGAAAAACAAAAAGUACCACCACCACAGCAACAAGCUAAUACUGGUAAUCCAGCUUGGCUUUGA